AUGGGGGUAGUUGAAAGACGCGGACUUGUGGAAGUGGGAGGAGGAGGUUGUGUAAAUGACCCCGUAGGAGGAGGUUGUGUAAAUGACCCCGUAGGAGGAGGUUGUGUAAAUGACCCCGUAGGAGGAGGUUGUGUAAAUGACCCCGUAGGAGGAGGUUGUGUAAAUGACCCCGUAGGAGGAGGUUGUGUAAAUGACCCCGUAGGAGGAGGUUGUGUAAAUGACCCCGUAGGAGGAGGUUGUGUAAAUGACCCCGUAGGAGGAGGUUGUGUAAAUGACCCCGUAGGAGGAGGUUGUGUAAAUGACCCCGUAGGAGGAGGUUGUGUAAAUGACCCCGUAGGAGGAGGUUGUGUAAAUGACCCCGUAGGAGGAGGUUGUGUAAAUGACCCCGUAGGAGGAGGUUGUGUAAAUGACCCCGUAGGAGGAGGAGGUGUAAAUGACCCAAAGGAGGAGGUUGUGUAA